AUGCGGACUUCUUCUUCCUUCUGCAAAAGGGAGGACUGCCCAGCAGGCUCCUCGCGGCUCUGCGGCCGCCCGCCUCCCGCCUCUCGCCUCGGCGGCCGCGCUGGGUGGGAGUCCCGAGCAUCCCCAAGCGCCCAAACCAUGGUGGCCAAACAGCGGAUCCGGAUGGCUAACGAAAAGCACAGCAAAAACAUCACCCAGAGGGGGAACGUAGCCAAAACCCUGAGGCCCCAAGAAGAGAAAUACCCUGUCGGGCCAUGGCUGCUGGCACUGUUCGUUUUUGUUGUCUGUGGCUCAGCUAUCUUCCAGAUCAUUCAGAGCAUAAGGAUGGGCAUGUGAGAGAAGGCUGGGGCAACAGACGCUGCCAUCCUCCUGCUGGAGAGUGGAGGACCACGGAAGCCCUUAGCAAGUAUCUGUGGGAAGCCAGCAAGCCAUGUGCAAUAGAAACGAGGCUCCCCCAGUUGUUCCCUCCCGCUUCAUGGUGGAAGCCAGACCAAAUUGCCUUCUCCCAGGACAUCUUCGUGUAGCCAUCUCCUCCGGCGGAAAGGACAUUCUGCUCUUCUGUUGGCUGGAUUGGAAGCCACACCAGGCAUCUGCAGCAGUGCCCACUCACUGGUUCCUUCAGAUUUCACUGAUAUGUGCAUGUAACCCUUUUAGUAACCAACCAUUUACUUCCUGCCAAAACAAUCUCUUCUCUGUCGGGAAUUGGUUUUACAAAUAAAUGUCUUCAUUCAACCUUA